ACCCACCUAGCCACUCAGUCUAGUAGUGACACUCUUACGCGUCGAAACUACCUCACUUCACUUUGCGCAAUGGCCUUCGAAUUCACCGAAAUAGGCGAUCCAGUUUACCGAGCUACCUGCACCGAUCGCGGCCAGGAGGACUACCUUCUGGUUCGACCAACCGAUUCCAGCUCGGUUCCGGUGACGCUACCAAGCUGGAGCCCCGAAUCGUGCUGCUUGAACAAGAGAUUUACAGGGUAUGCGGAGCUGUUCAAGAACUUGGAGGUUCGUCCGGACGACGUUUGGUUGGUGACGUACCCGAAGAGUGGAACCACCUGGUGCCAGGAAAUGAUUUGGCUCGUUUGCAAUGACCUCGAUUACGAACAAGCGAGCGAGAUAAGCCUGGCUAAGCGGUUCCCCUUCGUCGAUAUGACCGCCUUACGGGAUCUGCCAGAAGGGAAGGAUCCCUUUGAGGACACCCUAGCGAUGCCAUCGCCACGAUUCAUCAAAAGUCACCUUCCGGUAGCCCUGCUUCCUGAGCAGCUUUGGACCACAAAACCGCGACUGGUUUACGUUCGCCGGAAUCCGAAGGCCGUGGCCGUUUCGUACUACCACCACUCGGUCAUGUUCCACAACUACAAGGGAACCAUGGAACAGUUUGUGGAGUCUUUCGUGAAGGACCUUGAGUACUACUCGCCGUAUCAUCGCCACGUGCUGGAGUUUCACAACUUGGACUACGGAAACAACCUCCUGCAUCUCUGUUACGAGGACAUGAAGACGGAUCUCAAAGCAACUCUACGUAAAGUGUGUCAGUUUUUCGGGAAAUCGUACUCCGAAGAGCAACUCGACAAGCUCGAGUCUCAUCUGUCGUUCGAUUCCAUGAAGAACAACAAGGCCGUGAACGUUCAAGAUUGGGUCGAGUUUCAGCUGCAGGCUACCAAUCGAACGGAUAGGCUGGGCGAUCAAAACUAUCGGUUCAUGAGGCGCGGUGAAUCCAACGGAUGGCGGUCGGAACUUAGCGCUGAGUUGGUGCGGCAGUUGAACGAGUGGAAUGAGCGAAAGGUGGCCGAAUGUGGCCAAGGGGAGCUGUUUAGUUAUAAGGAGUAGUUGAAUACUACAAUAAACUUUAACAGUGUAGUAAAUUCAAUAAUUAGAAUUAACAUAAGCAUUUUAGGACGACCUAUUCACAGAUGAAAAUUCAAGAUUUCUCGUUAGGAGUUGAUGGAAACCGAACCUAGAACCAUCCGCUUAAAAAGCGAACGCCAUUACCACGGUAAUUUCGUAAUAAAACGUGAGUCAAUAAAACAUUUAAUUUGAUAACAUAAUCCAGCUAAAAUGUGGAUAAAGGUUUGUUACACUGAUUUUAUAAAUAAAAAAUAAUAAUUGCGUACAAAAACAUUUUUUAUAAAAUCUUAUUUUGUCAUACACAACACUAGGUAGGGGAACAGCAUAUAAUUCCAGCGUGCCUCUAAUGUAGCCAUAUCAGCACUUUGACAUUCAAUUAAAGCUCAUUUAAAGCGUUUUCAACUGAAAUCGAUUGAUAAUUAGCUCAAUAAGAAGUGAGCAAGCAAGUGUCUGUAAAAGGUUUUGAAAAAUUAGCUGUUUAAAUAGUGAAAAUCAGCAAAUUUGAAUUUGGGACCGAGUGAUUAACCUGACAAACAAACGAGAAUUACCCCUAUUUACCAUGAAUCGCAUUGUCAUUCACACUUCACACUACGCACUUUUUUUUACAAAUUCUCACUGCAUUAAUAAACAAUUAAGCACUAGUUAUUUUUCCGAACAACAAUAAAUUUUAAUAUAUUUGUGCAUUAAAAAGGCUUUGUUUUGAUUUACCGGCAGCUUUUGCCCAGGUGAAGGUUGAAAUAUAAAGUAAUGAACCUCACCAAAGAAAGUUCAUUUGGUUCAUGCGCUUCUUUUUCAUCCUUGCCAAAGACAAUUGUACAGAUAUACUACUAAAUUUUAAAAACACACGCAGCAAAAUCAAGAGAAGAAAGUCUGCUAUUAACACCAAAAUUUCGAAGCUCGAAAAAUGGGAAAAUUUUAAUGGAAAUAA